UGUGUCUGGGCACAGACAUGAAACUAGCCCUGCCCUCCAGCCUGGAAAACCACUACCAAAUCCUGAAGCUCCUUUACACCGGAUGCCAGGUGGUCCAUGGCAACCUGGAGAUUACACACCUUCAUGGAAACUCUGACCUGUCCUUCCUGCAGGAGAUCCGCGAGGUGCAGGGUUAUGUACUCAUUGCACAUGUCUCGGUGAGCUUGGUGCCUCUGGACAAUCUUCGGAUCAUACGAGGCAGCCAGCUGUACGAUUCCAGCUAUGCUCUGGCUGUGCUGGAUAACACUCUGGCCAAUCAGGGGCUGAGGACCCUCCGGCUUCGAAGCCUCACAGAGAUCCUGUURGGUAGCGUGUAUAUUUGGGGGAAUCCCCAGCUGUGCUUCCCAGACCCCCAAAGCAUCAACUGGAGCGACACGUUAGACGACCAGGACAUCAAGUCCGUACCACACAAACUGCAGUUUCGGGCAGCUAAUUGUCCAAGUUGUUCUCCUGAAUGCAAUGGAAGGUGCUGGGGAGAAACCGCGCAGGAUUGCCAGACGUUAACUCGAGUUAAAUGCGCGACUGGUUGCCAGCGAUGUAAAGGUCCUUCUCCUAAUGACUGCUGCCACAGGCAGUGUGCGGCAGGCUGCACYGGACCCAAAGACACAGACUGUCUGGCGUGUCGUCACUUUAACGACGACGGCGUGUGCAAAGAAAACUGCCCUCUACCCACCACCUACGACCAACUCGCCUUCCAGAACAAACCCAACCCCAACAAAAAGUUAAACUUCGGAGCCACCUGCAUCGAGAAGUGCCCCUAUAACUACCUGGCCAUGGAAGUGGCCUGCACUUUGAAUUGCCCCAAAGCCAACCAGGAAGUCAUCAUCAUCGAGCCUGACGGCAAUGAGACGCAGAAAUGUGAAAAGUGUGAAGGAGAUUGUUCCAAAGCGUGUUAUGGUCUGGGGAUGGAUAACUUCGGUGUAGUGGGCAAUCAAAACAUCACAAUGGUGACGUCGGCCAACAUCGAGCAAUUCAUCAAGUGCUCCAAGAUUUUCGGAAGUCUUGCUUUUCGUCCGCAGAGCUUUGAAAGAGACCCUGUGACCAACACCUCUGGCCUGACUUUGGAGCAGCUGAGUGCUUUCAAGAAUCUGGAGGAAAUCACAGGGUAUCUGUACAUCGAUGCGUGGCCCGAGGAGUUGACUGACCUCUCCGUGUUUGAGAAUCUGAAGGUGAUCAGAGGCAGGAUGCUCUACAUGGGGGUGUUUUCACUCGCCAUCCAGAAUCUACACAUCCAGUCUCUUGGGCUGCGCUCACUGCGCAGCGUCAGUGGAAGUUUGGUCUUGUUGUACAACAACACACAAUUGUGCUACAGCAGUCCACCAGCCUGGAGAACUCUAUUCCACCCCACCCAGGGCCCCCAUCUCAUCGUCAGCCGCAACCAGGACCCUCAAGUCUGUGAGAGUGAGGGCCAUGUUUGUCACGCCCUGUGUAAGGGGGGCUGUUGGGGUCCGGGGCCCAGCCAGUGCAUGUCCUGCAAGUUUUUCCAGCGUGGCACUGAGUGUGUGGAGCUGUGCAACGUUGAGCAGGGGUCYACACGCGAGUACGAAAAUGGAUCAUUGUGCGUCGCCUGUCAUAAAGAGUGUCGACCUCUGAACGGCUCUGUCUCCUGCCACGGCCCGGGUGCAAAUGAUUGCACGGAGUGUCAACAUAAUCAGGAYGGAGAGUUUUGUGUGGAUCGCUGUCCCAGUGGCAUGAAGAAAGAUCGUCAAACRUUGUGGAAAUACAGCAACGCCACGGGACACUGUCUGCCCUGCAACACUAACUGCACUCUGCCCUGCACUGACAUGGAUGAGAGAGGCUGCCCUGUUGACACAAGGCCAGGACCCGGUACAACCAUCGCCGCUGCAGUGGGUGGAGUGGUGCUGUUCUUCAUCCUGCUGGCUCUGCUGGUCUUUUAUCUGAGAAGGCAGAAACAGCUAAAGAGGAAGGAGACGAUGAGGCGGUACCUGCAGGAGCAUGAGCUGGUGGAGCCUUUAACCCCGAGCGGCGCGUCGCCCAAUCAGGCUCAGAUGCGGAUCCUGAAAGAGACGGAGCUGAAAAAAGACAGGGUGCUGGGCGCAGGGGCGUUUGGAACGGUUUACAAGGGGGUGUGGGCGCCUGAAGGAGAAAAUGUGACGAUACCUGUGGCCAUUAAGGUGUUGCGAGAGAACACCUCACCUAAAGCAAAUAAAGAAAUCCUUGAUGAGGCCUAUGUGAUGGCGGGGGUCACCAGCCCGUACGUGUGUCGCCUGCUGGGGAUCUGUCUGACCUCCACGGUGCAGCUGGUCACUCAGCUGAUGCCUUUCGGCUGCCUCCUUGACUACGUGCGCGAGAACAAAGACCGUAUCUGCUCGCARUUCCUCCUCAACUGGUGUGUCCAGAUUGCCAAGGGGAUGAGUUAUUUGGAGGACAUCCGUUUGGUCCACAGAGAUCUGGCUGCUCGUAACGUUCUCGUGAAGAACCUCAACCACGUGAAGAUCACAGACUUCGGUCUGGCCCGUUUGCUAGAUAUAGAUGAGACCGAGUAUCACGCCGACGGAGGGAAGGUGCCGAUUAAAUGGAUGGCCCUGGAGUCCAUCCUGCACAGGAAGUUCACUCAUCAGAGCGACGUGUGGAGUUAUGGGGUGACAGUGUGGGAGUUGAUGACGUUUGGCUCCAAGCCCUACAACACAAUCCCAGCGAGGGACAUCCCGAGCGUUUUGGAAGGAGGAGAGCGGCUUCCCCAACCUCUAAUCUGCACCAUCGACGUCUACAUGAUUAUGGUCAAAUGUUGGAUGAUUGAUCCAGAGAGCAGACCCAAGUUCAAAGAUCUGGUUCAGGAUUUUAGUCUCAUGGCAAGAGAUCCAUUUCGAUAUUUAGUCAUUAAGGACGACGAGCAGAUGAGCAUGUUCAGCCCUGUGGACAGCAGGUUUUACCGGAUGCUUCUGGAGGAAGGGGACAACAUGGGAGAAAUAAUGGAUGCUGAGGAGUAUCUGGUUCCUCAGCCGAACCUCUUCCCCAGAACUAGCGGAGAGGAGGCUCAGGCCAAUGGGCCGUCCAGGCACCAGUCGUACCGGAGCAGAGAUCAGGGCUUAGACCUCGAUCCCUCCAUCGCUGCUGGCCCUCGGCCCAUGCACUCCUCUCAGAGUACUCUCAGUCGUGGUCAGUGUCCCUCCGUACCGCACGGAGCAGGCGUCGCCAACGGGGCGUGGCCUCCGACGUUAGCUCGCAGCGUCUCAGCGGGAGCACAGUCCGACUCUGUGUUCUUGGAUGCAGUUCCGGACGGCCCCUCGCAGCCCCCAGUCAGCCCUGGGCGCUACUGCAAAGACCCCACGUAUCCCAUCGGGAGCCAGGGUGACCUGAAAACCGACGGGAUGGAGGACUUACCUCGUCCGAACCUUCAUCACUCUUUGCCCAGACGAUGUCACGUCCACAAUAACAACCAGGCCAUGCCAGAGUACGUUAACCAGGAGAUGCAGGAUCCCAGGUCGCUAAUCCCCGAGCGGCCCACUACACUUCCACGUAAAGGCUCUAAAGCAGACAGACGACUCCCCAAUGGUCUGAGCUCUGGUCACAGUGUGGACAAACCAGGUUACCUGGUCUCUGUAGGCUCCACCUCCUCUGCCUUUGACAACCCGUACUACCUGGACCUUGUGGCCAAAGCUGCCUCCGGGGCUUCAGCUCUGGAGAGCGAGGGCGGAGCRGGCAGGCAUGUGAACGGGUUUAUGACUCCCACUGCAGAAAAUCCAGAGUAUCUCGGACUAGUGGACACAUGGACUGGACACAGUUGAGGAAAAAAGAAAUGGGGAAAUGAAGACUGCGUCCUUCUGAGGAAAACCGUGGAAAGGGGAGACGGUUCUCCGUCUGUUUGGGGACAUUGAUGUUGAUCAGAGAAGCACCAGAGAUGAGAUCGUUGGGAGUUUUCUUCAACACGUUGUAGCAUUAAUGUGAUGGGUUCGGCAUCAUGUUCUUGAUCGUUUUCUUGUCACUCCAACAAUUCGUGAUUGCUCAGUGUCAAAACUGUACCCAGUCUUUGUUUUAAAAAAAAGGGUUGAUGGUUCGAAAAAAACCAUACCAUCUAAGAACUGAAUUGACGAGUUUCUUUCAUGUUCUUUUAAUCUCUUCAGUCACAUGAAGCAGCUGUUUCCCUCGGCAAAAUGGGGGGAAAAAAACCCUUUUGAUAAAAGUGUACCAUGAUAUGCAUUGAAAAUAACAUUUAGUAUUCUGCUCACUUUCUCCCAAACCCACUGAGGGUCUUCAGCACCCUCAAAGCCAUUUUGUUUUCAACAGAAAAGGCCCUACGACCCAUCUGGCCUUUAGGCAUGCUCCCUGAAAGAAAGACAUCCUGUAUGGAGAAGACAGCGGCUUUGUGUCACGCUGAUGUAUGUGGCUGUUAGUGGCUACAACAAAUCACUUGUGAGCUACUAGUAAUAAAAAAAAACUGACAUUUUUGUUGUUAGGGCGUAUUUGAGGAGUAUAAGGAGGUAUCAGGUUUUAAAAAUGACAGAUUUCUAAACCUAACUCUUGUGAAAUGCACUGCAUAUUAAAAUACUGCCUGCCCCCUAAGCUUUUUUUUUUUUUUUUUUGCCAAAAUGCCCUUUAAGCUAUUAGUUUAAUAAAUUGUGUGAGAACUGUUUACUCUUUCUGGCUGCACAACGCAGCUGAAUGUGACUCAGAGGAGACAAAGACAGAUAAUCAAUGCAUGGUUCAAAUUCCACUCAGUGACAACUUGUUUCCCUGGCAGUUGAUAAUCAACAGCAUUUUAUGAAGGCGGAUUUCUUUUUUUUAUAUAUAUUUAUUUUUUUCUCUUCAUGCUGGCUGGCUGGUGUUUGGUAGGAGGAGGUCAAACCCCAUUCAAUGCAGCCUUUGUCUGACCCCCGUGUCCUCUGUGGCCCCCCACCCUGAGGCCGACAGUUUCACAGGACUGUGAGAGAAUCGACCUGCAGGAGAAAGUACCUCACUGUAAUUUUUAUAAAUUUUACCAGACAAUCUGAAGCUCUCUGGCUUCAAACACCAACUUUAAACUCUUUAUUUGUCCACAGAUAGACAGGAAACCAGCGAGAGUGCUGAUGUGUCGAUUGCAUAAAAAACACCAGAAUCAUUUUUCCCCCCAGAAAUUUCAUUUUUAUGCUACAAAUUGAUUGGUUUUAUCGCCAUCUGUGUUGCUGGGUUAGAGCUGUCAGCUCAUAGGUCGGGUUGGUUUGACCCAAUGUUCUGGUCAGAAAUGAGCCAUAUUAUUCUGUUCAUGGUGGUCCACCAUUUGCUGACCAAAUUGGACCGAGAUUGGCACCAGAUCGUAACUACUUCAAACUAUCCUUAUCUAAUGAAACAGAUUCUUGUUUUAGGUUUAAAAUUUUAAUAGCUCCAAUGGAACACAUUUGUCAUUUUAACUUUAUUUUUAGGGUAAAAUAACUAAUAACCCAACCCAGGUUGGUUCGGUCCAGAUCUGACGUUUAAUAUUUUUUUAAACAUCUUGUCAGAGUUCUAUUUUAACAGAUUCAAACUUCACUUUUUUUAUUCUAUGAAACAUUUGUCAUUGUUUCAUACUUUUACAAACAAUAUGAAAUGUCUGUGGAAAAAACAGAAUAUUUUUACAGUCAUUACUACCUUUUUUUUUACCCCCUACAAUCAUUGAUUAGGUACAAUAUUCUGUUAAAGCUUACAGUAGAUACUUUAAAGCAUUAAGGAGAAUAUUUAAAACCAAUCAAGCAUAGUUUACAGAUGUCUCCUUGUUUAAGCGAUAAAGUUGAUGUUCAAUCAUGAAUUAUGCACUGGUGUGUAUAUGGUUUUAUUUUAUAAAUCUAUAGUAUUUGUGACCCUAUUGAAUUAUCUGCCUUAAAAACCUUCUCCUCCUCAGAUUCUUGUUCAUCAACCGCACUGACUUGAUUUGUCGUUUUACAAAACCUGAACCAGGUAAAAACGAGGCCUUUAAUGCACUGAUUAAUCCUCUAUAAAAGUGUGACAGAACAUUGUAUCACCUGAAAGUUGGUCUGCUUAAAAGACAAAAAGCAGCUAAAGGAAGAAAAAAACAUGCAGAAGGUUUUGUAACAUAAAGAGGUAUUUUCUGAAGAAAAUUACUUUUUAAUUUUUUGAGUGUGUGUAUAUAUAUAUAUAUAUAUAUAUCCUUUUGCAGUUUUUAUGAUUGUCAGGGUUUAAAUAACAACCUGUGGGAGUUUCUACGUGCAGCCGUUCUUUUUUUUUUUUAUGUGCAGUAAGUUUCAUUUUGUAAAUGUUUCCAAUGUAAAUAAAUAAAUUCAAUGUGGUUGUUGAUAUGGAACAUA